CACCCGUAAAACGAUCGCAUACGAUGGCCAGUAGACAGAAGAGAAAGGCAGCUGAAGUUGUCGAGGAAUUACCGGCGAGUCAGAAUGUCAUUGCACAAUUCAAGUCUGUGGACGGUGAAAGUACCGGCCCACCACUUAACUUGCCCGUCAAUGCCACACCGGAUCAGCUUGAAAUGCUGUUGAAUCAGCUCAUGAACACUUCAGACGAUCCUCAACCUUAUUCGUUCUAUGUUGAAGAGACUGAAAUAACAAAGAAUUUGUGGUCGGAUAUGAAAACGAAAUCAACGGAAGAAAGCAUCACAAUUGUCUAUCAACCACAAGCUGUCUUCAAAGUUCGAGCAGUUACCCGGUGUAGCUCAACAUUGUCAGGUCACACCGAGGCCAUCCUCUCUGUUGCCUUCAGUCCCGAUGGUACUCAAUUAGCUACCGGAUCAGGCGAUACCACGGUCAGAAUCUGGGAUUUGAAUACGGAAACUCCACAACAUACUUUGAAAGGUCACAAAGGAUGGGUUCUUUACAUCGCUUGGGCCCCUGAUGGCAAAACAUUGGCAUCUGGCAGUAUGGACAAUACAGUUCGUCUUUGGGACCCAAAAACUGGAAAGGCAUUAGGAGACGGAUUGAAGGGUCACACAAAAUGGAUUACAUGUCUUGCAUGGGAGCCAUAUCAUCUUAACUCAAAGGCUAAUCGAUUGGCAAGUUCAUCCAAAGAUCAUACCGUUCGCGUUUGGGAUACAUCUAUGAGACGUAUGAUCAUGAGCAUCUCACAACAUACUGCAGCCGUCACUUGUGUGAAAUGGGGCGGUGAAGGUUUGAUCUAUACUGCCUCUCAGGAUAAGACCAUCAAGGUCUGGAACUCUUCGGGUGUUCUUGUCAAAACACUUCAAGGACAUGGUCACUGGGUCAACUCUUUGGCUCUAAGCACAGACUUUGUUCUCCGUACUGGUCCAUACGAUCACACUGGAAAGCGAUUCAAGACGGAAGAAGAAGGUCAAAAAUUGGCUCUGGAACGCUAUCAGGCUGCUAAGGGAAAGCAACCUGAACGGUUGGUAUCAGGAUCAGACGAUUUCACAAUGUUCUUCUGGGAACCCGAAGCGAACAAGAAGCCGUUGGCCCGUUUAACCGGUCACCAGAAAUUAGUCAAUCAUGUUAGCUUUUCGCCUGACGGCCGACUUAUUGCCAGCGCUUCAUUCGAUAACUCUGUUAAAUUAUGGGACGGUCAAAGUGGAAAAUUCAUCGCGUCAUUGAGAGGCCAUGUUGGCCCAGUAUACCAGAUCUGCUGGUCUAGCGACAGCCGUAUGCUUAUCAGCAGCAGCAAGGACACUACACUCAAGAUUUGGGAUCUUAAAACCAAGAAAAUCAAGUUAGACCUUCCUGGUCAUUUGGACGAGGUAUUCAGUGUGGAUUGGAGUCCAGGAGGUGACAAGGUCGCUAGUGGCGGCAAGGAUAGACAAUUGAAAGUAUGGCGACACUAAUGUCGAUGAUGGUGGAUUUGAAGUAGCAUAUCUUAGAUUUACGUACAUUCGUUAUUGUACAUAUACAAAAUUAAAAUAUGAGCAUAGAUAUCGAGUAUCGAUUUCGACACAACAUGUGUUCCCUGAAGAGUUCCAGUACUGUACUUCCUUGUGAGGCAGGGCGGAAUACUUUAGUGAGUCGAUGGCGGAAGGUCGGAA